ACAAAAAGGGAUUUUAAUGAGCCCAUUGUACAUGCUCUAAACUGCUAAUACAGUAAUAAUAUGAUUGAUCUGAUUUCCACCGCAUAACAAUCCUCUGAAAAACCAUUGCCAAUUCGACAACGGCGGCGACGCAAUCCGGUGUCGUAUUGCGGCAGAGAGAAGCGCGUAUGAAUAUUCAUGAUUUCGGGCAAUUAAUACAAAAGUGCCGAACAAGGGCAAAUUCAUGCUCAAUUGCCCAUUUUUCGCGAUAAGGAAUCGGAGUAAUUGGAAAAUUCCAUUCCAAUUUCUAUUCGAAUUAUACAAUUGGUUCCGUCAAACGUCAAUCAACUAGCUCGUGUUCAAUUGGUUCCGUCAAACGUCAAUCUUGCAUUAGGCGACACUAUUUAUGGAUGAAAAAAUAGUGCAUUCUUUAUUUUCAGAUGUUUUUCGCUCUCUGAAAUUAUUUCUGUGUUUUUGUUUCAUUUCAACGACUCUUGUAUGCCUUGAACUAAGAAAAAUCGAAUUACGACUGACAGAUGGGCGAGAAUUGUGACGGCAGCACACAGUCUAAAGAGCAGAUUGAAGCACAUAUUCAUAAUAGGCAAGAUGCUGCUCCGAGAAGGGAGUGUCCGUUGGCUUAUGCAUAUUCGAACCAGUUAUCCUCUCGAUGCUUCCAGUCGAAGCCCUAGCCAAGUUCCAGUGCGUCUGCAAAGCCUGGAAGAACAUAAUCCGGGAUCCGAAGUUCGUGAAAGAUCACUUCCAAAUCCAGGCGGCUAAAGGUAAAGACUAUCUUCUUUAUGUGCCGUUGGACCGUACGAUCGAGCGUGCGUUCACAUUACUUUGUGAUGAAACGUUCGAUCAGGCCCUAGAAUUCGAAAUUCCUUCCGAGUUUCGUGAUAUGAGCUUCAUUAUAAUUGGUUCUUGUAACGGUGUGUUGUGCUUCACUGAUGCGAAUAGCUUCGGUAGCACCGUGUAUUUGUGUAACCCCUCGAUUAGAAAAUACAGGGCCGUAAUUAACCCAAUGUUUGAUGGUGUUGAAUUAUCGUGCCAAGGUGAUGUUGAUUUUGCUUUAGGGUUUGGGUAUUAUGAACACACGAACGAUUACAUGAUUAUUAGGAUUGCUAUCCUAAGUGACGAGGAAGAUGAGGCAACUAGCAAAGUCGAGGUUUAUUCAAUGGUCGCAAAUUCGUGGAAGAAUCUAGAAGUGGAUCACUUUCCAUGGGAAAGGAUCGAAUUAAAAUCGGAAGCUGUGAUGGGUGAUUCGGUUCAUUGGAAGGCGGAUUACAGAGAUGGGGACGAGGGUAUUCCGGUAAUUUUGGCGUACCAUAUGGGAGAAGAGGUGUUCCGACAGAUUGGAUUACCUAAUUAUAAAGCCGAUGGGAAAGACCUGGUCGAACACAUUGGAGUGUAUAAAGGGAAUCUUGCUAUGUUCGUAUUUCAUCAAUCGGAUCACUUUUCGUGGCACAAAAACUGCCACUUGUGGGUAAUGAACGAGUACGGAGUGGUGAGUUCUUGGACGAAACUAUACACUGUAGUAAUAGAUGCCGGAGUUGUUACUCCGAUUAUGUUUACGAAUAACGACGAGAUUAUAUUUGAAGACGGCGAGUGUGAUUUGACCGUAUGCCACUUCGAAAGCAACACGAUUUCGUACCUUGGAGUUGAAGAUCAAGGUUACCUUAAUUUCGUGACGUACAACGGUAGCCUUGUUAUGUUGGAGGACUAAAAAAAAUGGCAUUUGGUCAUUUUUUUAUCGACGAAGAAAGAGUAUUUUGUUCGUUUGUUUAAUUUUGAAUUACCAUGAUUUUCUAUGGUAAGUUGGACUUGGAAUAGUUGGUUAUUAAUUGAUCAUUCGCCAUCAAUGUUUUUGAAAGUUGUUUCCCGAUAUGUAUGAACGAUAUCGUUUGAUUGCAAUGAACUAUAUACUUGUUAGAUAA